ACCGCUGUCAGUGCGCGUGUCGUUGCCGCCGGAAGAGCUGGUGUGUUGACGCACACGCUAACUGCGCCGUGCACGUUGGAGCACACUUUCUUGAACGCUCGAAAAUGGGUGAGGACGAAGGACGGGUGAAGCUGAAGAAGGAGAUCGGCCUCUUCAGCGGCGUGAUGAUCGUGGUCGGCACUAUAAUCGGCUCCGGUAUUUUCGUCUCCCCGAAGGGAGUGUUCGAGCACGCCGGCUCCGUGGGUGCAUCGCUCGUCAUAUGGGUCCUGUGCGGUCUCUUUUCCAUGAUCGGCGCCGUAUGUUACGCCGAGCUGGGCACCUCCAUUCCCCGAUCCGGCGGCGACUACGCGUACGUGCUGGAAGCGUUCGGCCCUCUCACAGCAUUCCUGAGGCUCUGGGUGACGGUGCUGGUGGUGCAGCCGGCCACGCUCGCCGUGCUCAGCCUGACGUUCGCCACUUACAUGGUGAAGCCCCUGUACCCGGACUGCGAACCACCGGACCUGGCACUCAGGCUCAUGGCCAUCGUCUGCCUGUGUUUAUUAACGUACGUGAACUGCAAAAGUGUCAAGCUGGCAAUGAAGGUCCAGGACGUCUUCACAACAGCCAAACUGGCAGCGCUGGCGCUCAUCAUCGUCACAGGGAUCGUUCGGAUUGCGCAAGGUGAAGUCGGGUAUCUACAAAACAGUUUUGAAGGAGAAUACUCCGUUGGCGGCAUCUCGCUCUCUUUUUACGCCGGUCUUUUUGCCUUCGGCGGAUGGAAUUAUUUGAAUUAUGUGUCUGAGGAACUGAAGGAUCCGAACAGAAAUUUGCCCAGAGCUAUAUACAUCGGCAUCACGCUUGUGACGGUCGUCUACGUCAUGGCAAACGUUGCCUACUUUACCGCAGUGUCUCCCCAAGAGAUGCUUGCAUCGCCGGCUGUUGCUGUGACGUUCGCGCAGCGUACAAUUGGUGUCGUAGCAUGGAUCAUGCCGGUAUUUGUCAGCUUGUCCACCUUCGGAGGCUUGAACGGGAUCAUGUUCACUAUUGCAAGAUUAUUCUUCAUUGGUGCUCUGGAAGGGCACCUUCCCAUGAUAUUUGGGAUGAUACACACGACCAAGCUAACUCCCACUCCGCCUCUUCUGUUAUCUUGUGCCGUGGCGCUGCUGAUGUUUACGACGAGCGACAUCUUCGUCCUCAUCAACUAUUUGAGCUUCAACCAGUGGCUCUGGGUGGGCGUCUCCAUCCUGGGAAUGCUCUGGCUACGUUACAAAAGACCAAACAUGCACAGGCCGAUCAAGGUUCCGCUUGUCUUCCCCAUUGUGUUCCUGGCCAUGUGCACAUUCCUUACGUUUAUGCCUUUGUAUGCCAGCCCCACGGAGACUGGAAUGGGCCUCGUAAUUCUGAUCACUGGCAUCCCUGCCUAUUAUAUCUUCGUUAUUUGGAGUCCUAAAAACAAAGUGAUCCGAAAGUUGUCGGAAUGUCUUACAAUAGAGAUGCAGAAGUAUCUGGAAGUCAUACUUCCUGAGCAAGAAGAAAAGCUUCUGGAAGUUGAAUCCUGAAGGUUGCAGUCUUGAUUUCAGGAGCUUAAUUGUAAAGGACCAUCCAACUGCCUUACCGCAGUGUGUGUCCCCAUACUGAACCCCUGUUGGUUCAGUAUGAGGACGACGACGUUCAAAACUGCAGAAACAUCGGCGUAUGUUCAUUUUUGGCAGAGUGUUAAAACACUUGUCGUAGCCAGCAUUACUUAAUGCUGCUAUACCGAAAAAAGAAUGGCUUACCUUCUUGUAUAGCACGUCGAAAACUUAUGCGCGAACUGACAUGGUGAACUGGAGGAAGAUAAGCUUAGUGGUUGCUGUAACAAGACAAACUUCGUGUUUCACUUUUAAAGGAAUGGGUUCAAGAAAGUAUUAUCACAUGUUGAACCUUGGUCCUUGGAGUGCCUUGGUAGGUAAAAGAAUAUCCAACGGAAACAAUGUGCAAAUUAUCAGGCUUUACUCGUUUAGGAACAGCAUGAAAUUUUAUCAAAAUAUUGGUUUAGCUUUCGAAUUACUACCGAGUAUUUCUAAAAGGGAGUCACUGUAUUGUUGAAUUCUGUGCUGGAGGACCGGCAUGCAUAGUCAACGGUUAUGAGGCGUGCGAAGUUUCUACGUUUUCGUAUGUGUCCAUUUUGAUCACUUUUAAAGGACUAAUGAAGCAGAAGGUUGUGACAGUGAGUGCAGUGCCAGGCAUUCUCAUUUCUCUUAAAUAACACCAUAAUAUGUAGUUAUCAAUGUAUUGCUUCGUACGGCUGGUGUUGUUUGCUUAUUUGACACUUGCAACGACACGCUCGCGCCGUGCAUUCGUCUAUGCCUAAUAUGGCUCGUGUGGAAACCGCGUCUGCUGAGGUGGUAUGCGAUUACUUUACAACAUGGAAUGCACGCUUUAUGAUGCAGAAUUUUGCGGCACAGACUGGAAGCUUUAAAUGUGGCCCUGCGACCGUAACGUUACCUUUGCCGUCACACCUUUGCCUCGAUUCAUUCUCCUUUACAUUUUUAAUGGAGGCGAAAAUGCUUGAGGCCCGUGUACUUACAUUAAGGUGCACGUUAAAUAACCCCAGGUGGUCGAAAUUCCCGAAGCCCUCCGUUACGGCGUUCCUCAUAAUCAUAUCGUGGUUUUGGGACGUUAAACCCCAACAAUUAUUAUUAUAUUAGGACAAACGUGCUAUUGCGCGAGGCCUUUGUGGUGUCCGACCGGUUAGUGGUCAGUGCUGCAGUUCUCGCGUUUUUUGGUUGCAUAUCGACGUUUUUAUGAGUGGGGGGUAGCGCGUUGUCGUCACGCUGUCGUCAUUGCGUUGUCAUAUCGCGAUCGUCGUGACCUUGUCCUCUCACCGUUGUGUUUCCGUUGUCGUGCAUGCCUUUUGGACCAUGCUUCAAUCGUUACACCGUCGUCAUCAUUCUCGUCGCGCUGUCAUACCGUUUGCCGAAGCAUGAGUCGACCGUAAUCUGUGACAGCAUCGUCACACACUGUUAUCGACGUUAGCAGCAUACUUCUGAAGCGUUGCUUGUGUUUCCAUCUGAUUUCCUGGCUGUGCAUCAGCUGUUCGCUUUCUUGACAAUCAUAUUCGAAUGUUUAUGCAACAGUUUUGGUCAACGUAUUUCUGUUACCUCUUUCGGGGUAGAUUUGUUCCCCAGCCUUUUGUCACACAAUUUUAGAAGCAAUUUGAUACAGCUUGAUACAGCCUUUGUAUUCUGUUGAGCGCUAAGUAGAUUAAAAAAAAAAAGGCUUCGGCAUAAAGCACUGAGAGGUAAUUUCGUAAAUGGGAAACGAGACGUGUUUAUGCUCUGCACAGGAAGCUCUAUAUAUAGUUUAACUUGUGCAGGCAGCUGUCUGUACGCGAAAGCAGAGCAGCUUCUCUUUUAACUUCCGGUGAGAGAUCGUGUACGCUGACGUCUCUGUUUACUGUCGCCAGUGGUUCUCACGUGCAUCGCGUCACCUGAACCAGACAAAAUGCUUACCGGUCGCGUCGAAGGGCCGCGCUGGCUGUGGCGUUAGACAACAGCAGGUCUGUCACGUGCAUUUCGUGUCGAGCUUUUGGAGGGGUUCUAUAUAGUAAACUACACCGUGUUUAUAUUAUUUAGCGCUCGAUUAAAACCUUGUGUUCACGACAGUUUGUCGUCCUCCAGUUCUUCAUGUUGGUUGCCGGUGUUGGUUAUUGUGGUUGGUAGCCCGUGUGCCUAAAGGAUACUUUUUACUCUUUGCUACAGGAGCGCAAACGAACGUUUCUAAAUGCAUUAACACCCACCGUUGCUUGUGAUAGAGCAACUGAUUUAUCAUUCAGAAAGAAGACGGCGCGAUGAUUAUUGUCGAUUUUUGGAACCAUUUUUUUUGCAAGCUUACCACAAACUAGAAUUUACUUAUUUCUGAUAUCGCGGCGUGCCUUUCGACAGGCUUGCGGCAAACUGUGGGCAGCUUAGGAAGCAGUGCACACAUAUCAGAGGGGAAUAUAUUUUUAACGCUACUUCUGCUCUCAAGGCUGAUGGAGCUCUUAACAGUCGUGUCUAUAAAACAUUUUCAGAAAAAGUGGACGCUCAGUGAUAGUGUGAUGAUAGUUCAGAUAUUGUCACUUAUGACACUUUCUUGUACUGAAAAUUGCGCGGUGUUUAGAGAAGAAGAGAGAGAGAAAGACGAAGUGAAAGGCAGGGAGCUAAACCAGAUAUUAGCAUCCGGUUUGCUAUCCUGCAGUGGAGGGGGGAUAGGGGCUGGAAGAGGGCGCAGGGAGAGAGAGACCACACACACAGAAUUAUAUAUAUAUAAUAAACGACAAAGACACACAGGAAGGACGUUCUAAUUGCAGUCGUUCAGUAAGGCCGGUGCAUCGCAAGAAGCGCAGUAGCAAGCAGCGCAAGUGCCAAAUAUCGCCCGCCUUCAUCGUGUUGUUUUUUAUGCGACUAGCGCUGAAUCGACUUUUCCCGGUGGUAGUGCAAUUUGACCAUUCGAUUACGCUGGUUUGUUUGUUUUUUUUUUCUUUUACACAUGCUUUGUGUUUCCUGGAUGUUACAAAUGAUAGAGCUAAGGGUUUUUGAAGGGGUUAUUGAAUUGUGCCAUAAUUACGUUUUAUACUUUAAGUAUACAGUGUGCUGCGGACUGUCUGUAUUUUCCCCCAUGGCUUUGAAAAACAACAACAAAUUAGCUCAUUUUUAUAGUCGAACGGCGUAUUUUUCCACAGCUAGUACCGUCGUUAUAUGUUCCGAUAAGGCAUUUAUUCAAAGUACGCUAGUGGCGACGGUCCUACAUAGGUUGUAUGUCAGCGAGUUUGCAGCAUUUUCGUACUUUGUACCUCUGAGGCCAUAUACGAGUAUAUCACGUCUGCGGUAAAUGAACGGUAAGCGCUGAAGCUUUUUAAUGUAGGUGGUAGUCAAGUUAGGUCAUGACAAUUUUUUAUUGCUCGUUGUUAAGACGAAUGACUGGGACGUACAAAAACAUCAGUUGAGUGUGCACACUGGGAGAAUUUUUUUUUUUUUUUGCUUACUUGGACUACUAGUCACCGUAGUCGGCGUUACACAACUGACGUGCGCGCUUAUCAAUUUCACCUAAGAGGAAUGCGACGCAGUUAUAUUAUAAUGUCAUACGUAUAGCAGGCUUACUGACGUGCCAUGGUUCAAGUGAGCUCAGAAAAAGCUAUGUCCAGCUCUGAAAGAUGGCGUCGAUUCUGGAGCAACUUUAAGCACAUUAAGAGCUCUGCGCUCUGUGUUCGUGGUGUAUUCAGUCUGUUCCUGUACGUUAAAGAAGCGCGAUUACCCCCAAGAUUAAGCACAUUAAAAUACAUCCUAAUGUUAAAUCAUUUGAUGUGCCGCUCCAUCUAAUAUUUCCUAGAGUGAGCGGUAUUCACUUAUUACUUGGAGUCAUAAUGACAAACCUUGGCCCGAGCUGGCUUAGUGUGCUUGCUUGAUUGUACAUGUGCACGGCGUGUCUUGCUUCACGUUUGUUCGCGUCUUCCGCGCUGGGGUCCGCUACUGUGCUUGAAUAACAUUUCAUAUCAUCAGUUUUCUGCAGCUACAUCACGUAUUUGUUACCUCUCUGAAUGAAUUUAACGGUUUUACUCCAAUAUACAGUAGCUGACAUUCUAUUCCAACAACAUCUGUCAGUCGUGGCUGCUUAUGUGUCUAUUUUUGUCGUUUCUUACGUGUCCGCUCCUUGAUAUGUGAAUGUGACAAACAUAGAUGCAAGUUAAUUUCUUUUUUAUGCAUUUAUUGUGAACAAACGACACUACAUAAUGCAUGUUAUUAGGCAUUUUGUUGCAUCGCAUUUUUUUUUUUUUUUUGCAGCCGUGCCAGUGUGUGGUUCACUAUGCAUUUAGCACACAGCAUUGGGUCAGGCGUUACAAUUUCGGACACUUGUGGUGUGUAAUUUGAAAAGAGGGAGGCAGCAGUGGCUAACAAAAAGCCAGGCGUUGAAGGUUACCAUGCAUGUGACUUUGACCUGUGUUCUCUUUACGGACCACUUAUUUGAUAUAAGGUUUAAUGUCGACGCGACAACAUUCCUGUUCGCAUUUUCGCACGUUUCAGUGAUUCAUAAUCAUUCGCGUGCUCAUUCGCGAUAAGGUGCACCUACAACAACGUGGAAAGAGGCAGAGCAAAUAAACAAGCAACCUUGGCGAGUGACGUUGCGUGUGACCUUCGAAACAAUUAUCAUGGUAUAGUCAACAUUCCACGUCUUGUGCUCCGCAAACGCCUGUCAAAAUGACCUUUGUAUUCAUGUCGUUUUCUCAGUAUGGUUUGGAACGUCUAUUUUUUAACAUUUUCUAAAGAACGUACUUGACUGUCUUUGAUUUUUCGAGCAAUCUGCAGCAGAAAAGCAAGCUUGCUUAAGAUUUUACGGAAGACAAAUUGUACAGCAUUUUUUUUUGUCAAUAAAGUGUUCUUCGUACAAAUCUGUCGUGUGCGCUUUAUUGGUAGCUUGCGUUAUCGAGUGCAUCGUCAGGCCCAGUAGGCCGUGUAACACAUGCAUUCCCUUUAGUUUCUUCUCUCCUGU